AUGGACAUCAAAAUCAACAUCAGCCACAAUGGACUCUCGGAAAAGCCUUUUCUUUGUUUUGAGUUCAGUAACAGCUCUUGCCAGAAGCUUGUCUACCUCCCGGAAACCCGAAUAUUGCUCUACGUUCUUUUCAGUUUGUGCUCAAUUGUCACCAUCAUAGGAAACCUGUUGGUGAUCAUUACGGUCAUUCACUUUAAACAGCUUCACACACCAACCAACUACCUCAUCCUGUCUCUGGCUGUAGCCGAUCUGCUUGUAGGAGGAGUGGUGAUGCCGCCCAGCAUGCUGCGCUCGAUCGAGACCUGCUGGUAUCUGGGAGAUCUGAUCUACAGAUAUUAUGCCAUAUGUCAUCCUCUACAAUAUCACAGUAAAAUGACUUCACUUGCUACUCUGGUCAUGAUUAUAAUAUGCUGGACUGUUUCGGCUGCUUUGGGCUUCGGCAUGAUAUUUCUGGAGCUUAAUAUUCUUGGCAUUGAAGAGUUGUACUAUGAGAAUAUUGACUGUGAUGGAAGAUGCAUGCUGUUUCAAAGUAAAGAAGUAGCUACAAUAAUGUCAUUGAUUUGCUUUUACAUUCCCGCAUUUGUCAUGCUCAGCAUGUACAUGAAAAUAUUACACGUAGCUCAAAGGCAAGUGCAGGCCAUCCAGAGCACUAACAGUCAAUUUAAAAAAGAAGGAAAGGCCACUAAGACUUUAGCGAUCAUCAUGGGUGUGUUUCUGACCUUCUGGAUUCCCUUUUUCCUUUGUAAUAUUAUUGAUCCCUUCAUUGGAUACUCUGUCCCACCACUGUUGUUUGAUUUGUUCCUUUGGGUCGGGUACUACAAUUCCACAUGUAACCCUAUAGUAUAUGCUUUCUUUUACAGCUGGUUCAGACAUGCUUUAAGAGUCAUUCUAUCUGGAAGAAUAUUUCAGACUAAUUCCUCAAAAACAAUACUGAUGUAA